UGUCCCCAGAGGCCCUCACCCAGUGUAUGAAUGUGGGUAUUUCCUCUGUCCAGGCAAAGUACUAAGCUGCCUGUUCCUCCCUGGGCCUCACUGAUGUGUGUCCAUUCUAUAGGACUGGAGCUUUCCUUGCCCAGGCCUGGUGAGGGUCCUUGUCCGUCGAAGAGAAGGAAGAGGCCCGGCAGGAGGGACUCGCUGAGCCACCCCCGCUCUGCUCAAUGUUGGCUGUGCUCUCAGGCUGGCGCCAUGCCCCCUCCUGCAGAGGUGACAGACCCGUCCCAUGCCCCCGCCGUCCUGCGCCAGCUCAAUGAGCAGCGGCUCCGUGGCCUCUUCUGUGACGUCACCCUCAUAGCUGGAGACACCAAGUUCCCUGCUCAUCGCAGUGUCCUGGCUGCUUCUAGUCCCUUCUUCAGAGAGGCCCUGCUGGCUCCGGGCCCGCAACCCCUCCCGCCAGUUACUGGGGGCUCAGCUCCCAACCCUGCUACCACCACAGCUGCCUCCUCCUCCUCCUCCUCUUCUUCCACCUCCUCUCCCCCUCCAGCCUCUCCUCCUGCUUCAUCUCCACCCCGGGUCCUGGAGCUGCCAGGAGUCCCCGCAGCUGCCUUCUCUGAUGUCCUCAACUUCAUCUAUAGCGCCCGGCUUGCACUACCUGGUGGAGGGGACGGGGCAGCUGUGGCAGAGAUCGGAGCUCUGGGGCGGCGACUGGGCAUCUCCCGCCUGCAGGGCCUGGGGGAGGGAGGUGAUGCGUGGGUACCUACCACCCCAGCCCCCAUGGCCACCAUGCAGCCUGAAGAGGACAGCUUCGGGCCUGGGCCUAGGCCAGCCGGGGUGUGGGAAGUCGACAGGGCAGAGGCUCAGGCCCCCGAUUCCCAGCCCAAUCUGUCCCGGCGGCCGCUCCCCUGCCCCCGAUGUGGAAAAAGCUUCAUCCACCCCAAGCGGCUGCAGACCCAUGAAGCCCAGUGCCGACGGGGGGCUGGCACCCGAGGGUCUACAGGGCUGGGAGCUGGGGGCUCUGGCCCGGGUGGCCCUGCAGGAGUGGAUGCCUCAGCCCUGCCCCCACCAGUGGGCUUCCACGGUGGCCCCGAGCACGUGGUGAAGGUGGUGGGCGGCCACGUGCUGUACGUGUGCGCGGCCUGCGAGCGCUCCUACGUGACCCUGUCCAGCCUGAAGCGGCACAGCAAUGUGCACUCGUGGCGGAGGAAGUACCCCUGCCGCUACUGCGAGAAGGUGUUUGCCCUGGCCGAGUACCGCACCAAGCACGAGGUGUGGCACACGGGCGAGCGCAGGUACCAGUGCAUCUUCUGCUGGGAGACCUUUGUCACUUAUUAUAACCUGAAGACCCACCAGCGAGCCUUCCAUGGCAUUAGCCCGGGCCUCCUAGCCAGUGAGAAGACGCCCAAUGGAGGCUACAAGCCCAAGCUCAAUACCCUCAAGCUGUACCGCCUGCUCCCCAUGCGGGCAGCCAAGCGGCCCUACAAGACCUAUAGCCAGGGAGCCCCGGAGCCCCCCCUUUCUCCAAGCCUCAAUAUGCCAGCCCCCGGGGCAACGCCAGCCAGCCCCCCAGCCGGCCCCCCGCCUGCCCCACAACCUGGUCCCCCACCCUCUGUCAUCACUUUUGCUCACCCAGCUCCCUCUGUCAUCGUCCACGGGGGCAGUAGCACAGGUGGAGUGGGGGGCGGGCCAGCCAGCACAGGAGGGUCACAGGCUGCCUCGGUCAUCACUUACACUGCUCCCCCAAGGCCCCCCAAGAAACGAGAGUACCCACCUCCUCCCCCUGAGCCUGCACCCACACCCGCCAACCCAGUAACCGUAGUCAGCCCAGCCACGGCCGCAGGGCCAGCGACGGCCAUGGAAGAGGCCAAGGGCCGCAAUCCUCGGGCUGGGAGGACUCUGACCUACACAGCCAAGCCAGUGGGCAGCAUUGGCGGGGGUGGGGGCCCCCCCGCAGGGCCUGGCCGGGGCCCCUCUCAGCUACAGGCUCCACCUCCACUGUGUCAGAUCACUGUGCGAAUCGGGGAGGAGGCCAUUGUCAAGCGCCGCAUCUCCGAAACUGACCUGCGUCCAGGAGAGCUGAGCGGAGAGGAGGUAGAGGAGAGUGAGGAGGAGGAGGAAGACGAGGAGGACGACGACGAGGAGGAGGACGAGGAGGAAUCCAAGGCCGGCGGGGAGGACCAGCUCUGGAGGCCCUACUAUUCCUACAAGCCUAAACGCAAGGUUGGAGCUGCCGGCAGUGGCGGCAGUGGCGGGGGCAGUGGGGUGCCCCGAGGCCGCCGGCCCCCACGCUGGAGGCAGAAGCUGGAGCGCAGGGGCUGGGAGGAGACCCCAGCAACCGACGGCCCAGGUGGGCGCGCCCGUGGAGAACGGAGGCAUCGCUGCGGGGACUGUGCCCAGAGCUUCGCCACCCUGAGGAAGCUGCGAAAGCACCAGGAGGCCCACGGUGGGGGCUCCCACGGCUCCCGGGCUGGGCGGAGGCCUUCUACCCGCUUCACCUGCCCGCACUGCGCCAAGGUGUGCAAGACGGCAGCUGCCCUGACCCGCCAUGGACAGAGGCACACUGCUGAGCGGCCCGGGGGCGCUCCCACUCCUGUCAUCGCCUACUCUAAGGGCAGCACUGGCACCAGGCCCGGGGACAUCAAGGAGGAGGCCCCCCAAGAGAUGCAAGUGUCUUCAUCCAGCGGGGAGGCGGGUGGCGGGAGCGCUGCUGCUGAGGAAGCUUCUGAGACCGCCUCGCUCCAGGACCCUGUCAUUUCCGGGGGUGAGGAGCCCCCGGUGGUGGCGGGGCUGGGCAGCUAUGCCUACCCACCUGUGCAGGAGUUCCCAUUGGCCCUGAUUGGGAGUGGGCGGGAACCCGGCAGUGGCAGGGGGAAACCUGGGAACGAGGGCCUAGUGGGAGCUGGGGAGGGGGACCGGAUGGAGGGGAUGGGGGCUGCCAAAGUCACCUUCUACCCCGAGCCCUACCCGCUGGUCUACGGCCCCCAGCUCCUUGCCUACCCUUACAACUUCAGCAACUUGGCUGCCCUCCCAGUUGCUCUCAACAUGGUCCUACCUGAUGAGAAGGGUGGGGGGGCCCUUCCCUUCCUACCAGGGGUCUUUGGCUACGCAGUGAAUCCUCAAACAGCGCCCCCAACCCCCCCAACACCACCUCCCCCAACUCUUCCUCCCCCUGCUCCCCCUAAGGGAGAAGGGGAAAGGGCAGGAGUUGAGAGAACCCAGAAGGGAGAUGUGGGGUGAAUUCUGGGGCCAGAGCCCCCCUUUCACCAGAUGCCACCCUCCCUGAAGCCCCCACCACUACCAGCUCCUUGGCCUCCCUGCCCCUUGGGAGCCCCUCCCACUCUCGUGCAGGGACUUGGGGGCCCCUGGAGCUCAGGGGUCAGGCUGCUUUGUGUGAGAUUGUAGUUUUCCCAUCUCCUGGGAAGGGGUCUUUGUGGUUUUCCUCUCGACCUUCCUCCAGGGAAUGGCUUCCGUGAGGGGCAGGGCCAGCUCCUAUCCCUUCUCCAGCCCUUGGGGCAACUGAGCAAUAUACUCAUCUGAAUCUCUACUCACAGCCCCACCAGCUCUGAAUGUCUAACCUGCUCCCCUGAUUCGUAAACCUAGGGGGAAACCAUCUCUCUCACCUACCGAUCCCCUCGAUCCCCUCGUUCUGAAGCCUUCUCUCAGCCCUUCCCCAGACACUCCCUAGCACAUUCCACUCUUUGUGGCCCAGGGCCUGGACCAGACCAUUGUGAUAUCUGACUCCACCUACCUGGGAGCAUGGCUUUGGAUUCCAUUCCUCCCAAGGGUGGGUUUCUCUGUCCCAGUUUCCUUUGUGUUAAGACGCCAUGCCUGCCUUGGCUUCCACGCCUUCUGGAUCUUCCAUAUUCCUCCCAACACUCCUGGGCUUUGGAGAUAGCCUCUCCCAAUCCAGGCCAAGGAGGUACUGGGAGGAGGGCUGCCCCUCUGUUCCAUGGCUGAGCACUUUCCCAGCCCAGGGUCGGGAAAUCUUGACCCCCAAAUCCAGUGAGCCCCAGAUUCUUCCAAGGCAAAGAGGUGACUAGAUCACACCUCUUCUUGCCUCUACAUACGGCCUCUUCUGGGCUAAACCAGAUUUGGGAGCCAGGAGGGAAGAGCUCCCUAUGGGAUGGAGAAGGGAAUCUACUUCCUCCCUGUUUUUCUUUCCUAAUGGUUUCUCCCAGACUAGACCAAAUAGCCAGAAAAUGAUGGGGGGCAGAUGGGUAGGGAAGCCCAAGAUUUGCACAUGACCUUCCAUCCUUACCUUUACCCCUAUCUUCCUAGUGUUGCUGCCCUCACUAAUCACUCCAGAUGGUUUUGGGGGAACCAUCCUACUCACCUGGUGGGCUUUGGGGUAUCCCCACCAACUUUCUCUCCAAAAUAGCACCUUACACCCCAUCUUUGACUCAGUUCCCCACGCCCAAAGAUCCCAGCCUAGGGAUGGGGUACAGGGACCUUCAACAGUCCCUCGUCCCUGAUUUGCACUAGUUAGCCCUGGUCAGGGGUCCCUCAUACUUCCUUCCAGUGGGGGAGAUGAAGAAAUGUUUGCUCCUCUUUCUUCGAAGACUGGGCCUCCCUGCUCUGCGAUUGGAUGAACAUUUCCCAUCACCACAUCCUUCCUCCCCCAAAAGAGAGCUCACAAAGGGAGAGCCAGUUUUGGGGAGCAGAUCUGACAAAUGGGAAUUAGAGGAGUACAGUUUUAAAAGGGAAAAAGUCACCGUCAUUGAAACAGCGGCCUUUUUCCCAACUACUGUUUUUUUUAGGGCCAAGAUGGCUGCCCUCCCAGCAACUACUGGCAGGGCAAGAUCAUGGCUUUGGGGGGGAGGUGAGUUUGGGGGGGAGGCCAGGAGUACCCUUCUGCCCCCUCGUGCCCUCCCAGCAGCGUAUAGGAAGGGGGAGGUUUUUGACAGGCUCCUUGAAUGUUAACCAUGGAGGGGUCACUCCUUCAUUCCUCCUCUGUCUCUUUGCACUUUUCUUGGUCUUGGCCACAACCUGAGUGAAAAAUUUCCUACUGAAUGUACCAAGUUUCAAUUUUUAUGGGGGAAAGAUGUUUCCAACAGGGAAAAAUGCAAAAAAAAAAAAAAAAUCACUAAAAAUUCCCGCAAAUCUUGUUUCUGGCACUUUAGAAAAACUGCGAAAAAAUACAUAAUAAAGAAUACAUAUAUAUAUCUACACACAAAUUAUAUAUCUAUAUAUACAGCGGAACCACAGAGACUGAGGAUGGCCUGGAGGCAGGGGGCAGAUGUGGUAACAGUCCCCUAUAUCCUUCACCAGAACUCCUCGGAGGCAAACAGACGCAGGAGAAUGGGAAGGAUAGACUGGGGAGUUUGGAUUUCAGAAUAGGUCACAAUUCCAAAACCGUGGAUAUUUUGGGAGAAUUGAGAUUGUUGACUUUUUUUUUUUUUUUUGAAAUAUAAUUAAGGAAUUUGGUGGUUCUGGGCAAAAAAAAAAUGAGAUUGUGGCAAUGUGGAGAUUCAAAUACAUGUAUCUGAGCUGGGGAAUCUGAAUAGUGUGAGUUUCGGAUGUUGGAAAUUUGAGAUUUUACGAUUUCCUCUUUUGAAAAUGAUCAAGCCUCAUUGGUUUGUCCCCUCUCCCCAUGUUCCUUGGGAAGAAGGGUGACGGCAGAGUGGAAAGGCCACUGGUUCUGUGCUACAGCACGCAAGAUUAGAAUUCUACAGACUAGCUGUAAAUGUAGUGAGGACCCAGAUUUAGAGAAACUGACCAAUAUUUAUCUCCGCAUUUGUGUGUGUGUCCAACCGUCUAGGCCAAUAAACCAACAAGACAAACACA